AUGGGAAAUAUAGGAUCGGUUGGAACAGAUAUAAAGGAGAGGUCAAAGCUUGCUUUAUCUCAUAAUGAAGCUUCCAGUUCUCGACCACAACUUACUAGGAGAGCUAGUCAACCAGUUCUUCGAAGAAAUCCAAGCCUAAAUGUAAGCAGCCAAGGGAGAAAAAUUUCUGUGCUUGCUUUAUCGCAACGGCAACUUGUGAAAGGAUGCAUGGAUAGAGCGAAGAAUGAUAUUGCAGAAAAGAUAUAUCGCCGAAUUAUAGAAAAACGCGAUGAUUUCCGGAAAUUUAUCGAAGCACUUUCUCAGGAGCAACGGUAUGAGUUAGCGAAUGAGUUACGUGGUUAUUUGAAAAAUGUUGUAAAUCGGCUUGCGGAUCGAACAGCGGUACAACGAAUUUCGGAAGAUUUUGGUGCACAACAUGCACAAUAUCGUUCCUUUGGCUUUCGACCGGAUUUUUUUGCUGUUACGGCAGAUGCGAUUACAACCGAAUGUGUAUUGUUAGAUGCUGCUAUGCAUCCGGCAUCUGAGGCUCUGUUUGCUUGGUCAACAUUGACAACAUUUAUGUUCAGUUACGUACGUGAUGGCUACUAUAGUGAGCAGAGACGAGUUCGUAAAACAUCACAGCAACAUAUAAAUCGUAGUAAAAUUCUUUUCUCCGAUGCAUCGAUCGAUGCAUUUAAUCAAUUGGCCAAUGAACGAAGAGACUCGAGCAUCUCAUAUAAUUCUUCAUUUGAAUAUGAUGCUGAUGAAACAAAUGAACUGGAAAUUAGUAAGAGUACAACAAAAAGAAUGGAAGAGGAAGAAGUACAGUAUGGAUCAAAAGAAGCAACACAAACAACUACAGUAGAAAGAAUAAAAACAUCCGACAUAGGAGAGGAAUCAAAAGAUUCAAUUCAAACUGCGGAAAAAGUGAUACCCGAAGACAAAUAUAUGACAUCAGAUAUCCGCAGACAGCUUAGGAUAGCAUUUCGCGCUCAUCAUAAUUUUACUAUCUAG